UCACAGUGCAGCUUCCGUCCACUCUUGACAGGUCUGAGGCCAGGCUGCCUCACAGUGGAGAGCUGGAGGGAGAUGUCAUUUAAUUUUUCUGCCUCAACACUAUGAGCUGUUCAUGAAAUUCACACUCGGCAUUAACAAGACACCAGCACCACCAGGAUGCCAGACGUGAAGGAGAGGGCGGCUCGGAAGGGGACCAGCACGGCAGACGGCGCCCCCCGUGAGCCCCACACGGGACACACCCGGGAGGACACGAGCAGCGCCCAGGGCCACCGAUCACGUUUGAUGGAGAGAGGUCACGAAGUUUCCAAGGUUGAUUGCCACUCGCAAGAGAAGGGUUUAUCAUCAAGCAGCCUGGAAGGCAAGGGCAAGGAGACGAUGCCCAGUGACUUCUGGGACCACCUGAAAGAGCAGCUGUCAUCUGUGCCCCCUGACUUCAGCUGUGCUCUGGAACUCCUCAAGGAGGUCAAGGAGAUCCUGUUGUCGCUGCUGCUACCCCGUCAGAGCCGCCUAAAAAGUGAGAUCGAAGAAGCCCUGGACAUGGACUUCCUCCAUCAGCAAGCUGAGCGCGGGGACUUGAACGUCACCUACCUCUCUAAGUACAUUCUCAACACGAUGGUCUUGCUGUGCGCGCCCGUCCGAGACGAAGCUGUGCAGAAACUGGAGAGCAUCACGGAUCCCGUGCGGCUGCUGAGGGGCAUCUUCCAGGUGCUGGGACUGAUGAAAAUGGACAUGGUGAACUAUACCAUCCAGAGCCUGCAGCCCCAGCUGCAGGAGCACUCCAUCCAAUUUGAGCGGGCCCAGUUCCAGGAGCGUCUCAACAAGGAGCCUAGCCUCCUGGACAGCACCACCAAGUGGCUGACCCAGGCUGCCACAGACCUCAUCACUCCUCCCGCAAGUGGCCCUGCCUCCCCGGACUCCUCGAGUGGGCCUGGCCCGAGUGACAUUCCUGCCCAGGAGCCGCUCAGCCCCGCAAUGGUGCUGUCCCAGGGCUUCCUGAACCUUCUCCUCUGGGACGCAGACAGCGAAGACUUUCCCGAGACCCUGCUGCCUGACAGAACCCGGCUGCAGGAGCUGGAGCUGCAGCGGAACCAUCUCACCAUCCUGGCCUCCGUCCUGCUGGUGGCCAGUAGCUUCUCUGGCAGCGUUCUGUUUGGCUCGCCCCAGUUUGUGGAUAAACUGAAGCGAAUAACAAAGACCCUGGUGGAGGAAUUUAACUCCAGGCCCGAGGAGACCAUGUGCACGGUGAGUGAGCAGGUGACCCAGGAGAUCCACCAGGGUCUCAAGAGCAUGGGCCUCGCCCCUCUGACCAGCGACAACACAGCGUCUCUGAUAGGACAGCUCCAGAACAUCGCCAAGAAGGAGAACUGUGUCCGCAAUGUCAUUGAUCAGCGUAUCCACUUGUUCCUCAAAUGCUGCCUGGUUCUUGGCGUGCAGCGAUCCCUGGUGGACCUCCCUGGAGGCCUGGCUCUCAUCGAAGCAGAGCUGGCAGAGCUGGGCCAAAUGUUUGUGAGCCUCACGCAGCACAAUCAGCAGGUGUUCGGCCCCUACUACACAGAGAUCUUAAAGCCCCUCAUCUCCCCAUGCCACGUCAGGGUGGAGAGUCUCUGACAGCAGGAGCUCGGAGCCUGGCACCUUGGGCCCAGGAAGAAGACCCAUCUUCCUGCAGUGACAGCCACUGGUGACCAGCAGGGCAGUGAGCCCCCCACCCCCGCCCCCACAGCCAGCACACCUGGGCUGACGGGUCAAGCGUGCAAGCAACCACCAACUAGCCCACACCUGCUCCCCAAUAAAUGUGUGACCUGAAGGGCAA